GUAACAACGACGACGACGACGACGACGCCAAUGACGACGACGACGAGGACGUUGAUGACAACGACAGCGAAAACUACGACGACGACGACGACGACGACGACGACGAUGACGAUGACGACGAGGAUUGAAACGACGCUUUUAAUCCGAAAUUUACGAUCGUCAGAGGACAUCGAGAAUCGACAUUGUGACAUUGUGCCCGCGACUCUGUGCGUCGAUCUAUAUGCAAAUCUUGUUAUAUUAAUUUGCAUCCGCUUAAGUGUAUAAUAAGAGAAGAGGAGGAGGAGGAGGCUUGAUUAGCCUACCGAAGUAUUAUAUCUAUACGUACUAUGAAAUCAGUUGUAUUAUACGCCGGCGUCCUCUUAUUACUCCUCUUGUUUGUCGCAAACGCCAUCGUUGCAAUUUCAAAACCGCCGACAUUCGCGUACCACUGUUACAGAACACUGACAAGCCUUCUACGUUCAUUGUGCUAAGAGAUUGAUAUUGCAUUCAGAUUGUGCGUCGAUUGCUUGCGUCGUUGUAACGAUGAACGUACUACCACAACGCGGUCAUGUUGUUACAAAGCUCGCGUUUAACGUUGAAAAACGAAUGAUUUGAAAUACUCGUGUUUUUUAUUUAUAAUAACGGUUAUUAUAUCGGGCAACUCGAUAACAUGACACGUCGAUCGCGUGCAGGCUGGUUACGUGCAAACUAAUCACGGACGAUACUUUAUCGAACCGAUGAACGAAGUCAAGCCCGAACUGGACGGCCAACACGUUCACAUUGCUUAUAAGAGAGAUGCGCCACAUGAAAAACAGAGCAAUGGAAAGGAUACAAUGAAAGGACAUUGUGGAACCAAAGACGACUGGGAAAGUUCAUGGGCUGAACAACUGGCGAAGUUACAACGACGAAUAGAAAGAAAUAAUACUUUGGGAUCGAAACGUGAUACAGCAACUUCGGGCACUCACAGUAUUCAUCGUUUCAUCGAAGUCGGUUUAGUAGCUGACAGAAGAUUUCUUGAUUUUCACAAUAAUACUAAUUACGAGCAAUACUUGUUAACGAUAAUGAAUAUGGUAUCGGAUUAUUAUCAUGACAGUUCUAGCGGCAAUCAGAUAGACGUCGUUGUCGUACGUAUUAUUUAUUUGGAAAAGGAAAAGGAAGAGAUAGACUUGCUAAUAAGUCCGGCGGCCGAGGAUACUCUGGACAGUUUUGCCAAAUGGGCGGAGAAAGUGAAUCCGAAGGAUCACAAACAUCCUAAUCACUAUGACAUUGCUGUACUCGUGACUAGGUAUGACAUUUGUUCGGAAGGGACCAAUUGCGACUUGAUGGGUCUUGCUUUCGUUGCGACUGCCUGUGAUCCGUCAAAGGCUGCUUGCAUCAAUGAGGAUAGCGGAUUGUUGCUUGGAGUUGUGAUAGCACAUGAAGUCGGUCACGUAAUGGGUUGUUCUCACGACACUGAGGAAAUAAGUGGCUGUAAGAAGGAAGACAAAGAUGGAAGUUUCUUUAUUAUGUCACCCGUUGUCUUUAUCUUUACAAUCAGAUGGUCGACCUGUAGUAGAAGAUUUAUAACAUCGUAUUUGGAGAGCGGUCUGGCAGAUUGUUUGAACGACGAUCCAAGAAGUCCUGGAGCAAAAUAUUCUUAUCCUAACAUGUUACCCGGCGCCAUGUAUGGUUCUGAGUUUCAAUGUCAGAUGGAAUUUCCUGGAUCUAAGACUUGUCAAUCUAGUAAGUUCAGCGAUUGUUCCUCUCUUUGGUGUUUGACCAACUCAAGUUGUUAUUCCCUUGGUACUCCGAAGGCCGACGGAACGAAGUGCGGUGAGAACAAGUGGUGCGUUCACAAGAAAUGCGUGGAUAUAGGUUCCCGUCCUGCAGCAGUGAACGGUGGAUGGGGAGCAUGGGGUCCUAUGAGUUCUUGUAGCAGGACUUGCGGUGGUGGCGUUAAAUAUUCUGAGAGGGAAUGCGACAAGCCAGUGCCAGCAAAUGGCGGUAGAUAUUGCAUCGGCGAAAGGAAGAGAUUCAGCACUUGUAACACUACGCCCUGUGAUCCAUCCAAACCACCGUUUCGUGCGGUCCAAUGUUCCUUGUACAAUGAAAGAAAUGUAUUGACUGACGGGCUUCAUCAAUGGACGCCGUACUUGUACGAGAAACAGAAUCCAUGUGCACUUUAUUGUAUCAACGAGAAAAACACUUUCUCCAAACUAUCCCCUACUGUAAACGAUUCAACUCCUUGUAAAGGCGGCACGAAUUAUAUGUGCCUUUCCGGAGUUUGUAGGAAAGUAGGUUGUAAUUGGGUAAUCGAUUCUGAUGCAAUUGAGGACAAAUGCGGAAUUUGUAAUGGCGACGGAACGAAGUGUACGAUAACCGAGGGAGAUUUUGACGAGCCUUCUGCACGAUCGGCUUAUAUAAAAAUUGUAACCAUACCUCGUGGUGCACGAAGUAUAAUGUUAAUGGAAAAGAAACCUGCGCAGAAUAUAUUCGCAGUGAAAUUGUCUAAAGACAGCAAGUAUUGUUUGAAUGAUAAAAAUCGAGAGGAGAGGAGUGGCGAUUACGAAUGCGCUGGUACGAUGAUUAUUUACUCCCAUCCGGAGCCGGAUAAGGAGGAGAUCGCGAUGAAGGGUCCGAUCGACCAAGAUAUCGAUCUCGAGUACGUGUUUUUCUAUCCUAAAGUGAAUCCAGGGAUUCACUAUAGCUACUCGACCGGAGUCGUAGACACCAACGUGACCGUUGCACCGAAAUAUAUGUGGGAUUUUGUCGAGUGGACGGAAUGCAGUGCCAACUGUGGUGGUGGCUCGAUGGUGUCCGAACCAACUUGCGUCGAGGAAAACAAUGGAAAAGUCAGUCCAACUUUCUGCGAUGGUAUACCACAUCCAGAACCAAAGAGUCGAGUAUGUAAUCAGGAACCCUGUGUUGCGAAGUGGAGAGUAAGCCAGUGGAGCAAGUGUAGCGCGUGCGACGGUAACAAAGGCACCAGGCAUCGUAAAAUUCAAUGCGUGAGAAUGAGUGGUCAACCAGACGAGGAAGCCGUUCAAGCAAAUUUUGAUGCCUGUAAGGGUCGCGUGCCACGACAAACAGAGGACUGCGUUGGAACGAGACCUUGUAAGAAAACGUGCGAUAAGAAAACUCGAGAAUCUGGAAGGAACGAAUUGAUCGAGGACGACGAAAGGGAUGAAAAUUUAACGGACGAUGAUCGACGUAAGAUGAUCGAUAGAUUUGUGGAUCUUGGUUUGGCACGAUAUCUAGAAAAUAUUCGUGCCUCGACGAAGAUCAUUGGUAAAAGUUACGAUAAAAAUGAAUCGAAUGAUUUCCGACGGUUUUUACGUGAUUGGGUGAUGAAUUCUGAAGAGGAGGAGGAAGAAGAGGCAGAGGAGAAGGAGAAGUUGAGAGAAAAGAUGAUAGAAAUAGAGAAUAAGAGAAAACGUACCUGUGAAUUAUCAACUGUUGAGACAAAUUUCACUACCCCAAAACCAGGAUCAAUAAUAAAAGAUUCAAUUCCUGAGGAAAACGUAAUAUUGAUGAAUGCACCCUACAACGAAGAAUCAUUAUUAUCUAAUCUAUCUGAUAAAGCUUAUCAAGAGGCCGGUGACUUAGUUGGAAUGAGUAUCGAUACUAAACACAAAAAAACUUACAAAGGAGCGGAAGCCGUUAGAUUGAUAGAGGAACUCGUUAAUAACAAACAACCGAAGAACAAUAUGUCCGACGAGAAAUUGGCGAUACAGAAAUCAGAAAAUAAAUCCGAUCUAACUUUAUAGCUUCAUUUUUAUUUUCUCGAUGCCGUUUUUUUUUUUUUUUUUUUUUUUUUU